AUGUCAACACCAGUAGAUCAUCAUUAUAAAUACUAUUCAUUAUCUGGGGUACCAUCUAAACUGCUAAAAAAUGAAGAACAUUUCAAUCUCCACAUUAGACCUAAAAAAGAAAAAAAAUUGGAACAACCAAAAGUAAUUGUCUGGAAGGCCAAUGCAGUACAGGAUUCAGAUUUACUUGAAUUACCAAUGGAUCCAAAAGGAUACCGGUAUUCCCAUAUAGUUGUUGAUGUUUCAACUUGGGAUUUGGAUGGAAAUCUGCUCAAAAGUAAAGAUGCUAAAACAGUUCUAGAUUCAUUCAAAAGGAUCUAUCAACGAGGUCAUGUAAAAUUUCCUACUUUCAGAUUAAAUACUGAUACAGGAAAGGAAUUUGAUAAUUCUUUAGUCCGAAAUUAUUUCAGAAAAGAGGUUAAGGUGCUAAUGAAAUUUGGAUUUCCUGGAAAACAUAGACAGCAAUGCUUUGUUGAAAAAACUAAUCAAGAAAUCCAGAGGCCUAUAUUGAAUCGAAUGACUGCACAAGAAAUGAAAACUGGUAUAACUUCUGUGGAAUGGUCUGAAGAUUAUCCUAUUCUAAUAGAAGCUCUUAGAGAGAAAUGGAAACGAAAUCCUCCUCCUGUUCCAGAAGGCCUUCCUAGAAUUACUGAUAAAGAUGAAUUGCUACAAGAAGGAACACGAGUCAGAGUAAUGUUGUUUGAGCCUAAAUCAGUACUUGGUAAAAAAUUACAUGAACAACCUCCAACAUACCUUGUAAAUGGUCCUCAUGGAAGAUUAGGUGUAUCUCGUUGUGCAUAUACUAGAAAGCAACUCCAAGUAGUUCCAGAUAAUGAAAACCCGCCUCCAGAUUCAGUAAUUUGUGGAAAACAAGAUAAAUUUAUUACUGAAAAAAUUCUUAAGCAAAGAACUUAUAAAGGUAAAAAACAAUACCUUGUUAAAUGGUGCCGAUAUCCUGAAAAUGAAUCAACUUGGGAACCAGCAAAUAGAUUCAAAGAAGAUGCACCCCAUCUUGUAAAUGAAUUUCUGGAA